UAAACAAAACAAGGCGCCGAAUAAAGAAUUCGUUCUUUUUUAAAAAAAAAAUUAAAUUAAAUAAAAAAAAUAAUUUUAAUUAAAAAUUAAAUAAAAAAAAUGACGGAAAAAGAUUCUUCGCUCCUUUUCACGGGCAAACAAUUCCAAAUGAAGCCAAGUUUGGAUAAUUCCUUCAAAACGAGCGAAAUUAAAGACAUUGUUCAGAACAUUUUAAGUCAAACUCUGACCGGGAAACAAUACGAACCAAAGUUGGCGGAGGAAUGGACUCGAACAAUUUCCAAUACGGUCGGCGUCAAAGUGAAAGAACUCUCGAUGGAUCGCUACAAGCACGUCGUUCAAGUGGUUUUGGGGCAACAAACGGGCGCCGGCGCCAAAUAUAUCGCUCGAUGUCGCUGGGACUCGGAAACGGACAACCAAACCUCAGCUACUUUUAAUUCGCAGUCGUUAUUUUGCAUCGUCACGGUGUUCGGUAUCUAUUUAUAUUGAGUAAAUAAGUGUGCGUUUUUUGCUGUGAUAAUAAAAAAAAAUAAAUUCGAGAUGCAGUUUUAAUGAAAAAUGGCUGGAAAUGCUCAUAAAAGUAACAGCGGGAGAAAAAUUGCAUUUUUUUUCAAUUUUUCAUCAAAAACGAAGGUCAAGGAGGAUUUUUUAGCAAAAAAAAUC